AUGCCGUUCGCAACCAUCAACGGGCACUCGCUCCACUACACAGAUAUAGCUCCAGCAUCGUCGUCAUCCCAGUCCCCGUCAACACACACUCUCAUCUUUGUGCACGGACUGGGCUCAACCCAGAACUACUAUUUCCCCGUCUUCCCCUUCCUUACGUCCUACCGAUGCAUCAUCUUCGAUAACUAUGGCGCCGGACGCUCGGAUUUCCAGGCAGGCACAGAGACCUCGAUCCCGUCCAUGGCAAGUGACGUCCUAGGUCUGCUCAGUCAUCUGGGUGUCGAGAAGGCUGUCGUGCUGGGCUACUCCAUGGGCGGCAUGGUGCCGACGUACCUGGCAUCCACGUCGCCCGACCGCGUCGUGGCAGGGAUAUGUAUCGGGCCUGUCCACCCCAGCGAAGCCGUGGCGAACGUCUUCAAACAGCGGAUCCCCACAGUGCAGUCCCAAGGGAUGGAAUCCAUGGCCAACACCAUCCCCAAUGGCGCCACGGGGCCCGGAACCACCGCCUUACAGAAGGCUCUCAUCCGGGAAAUGCUUCUCUCGCAAUCUCCCGAGGGUUACUGCGCAAAUUGUCGCGCCAUUGAACUCGCCACUCCGCCCGAGUAUGCCAAAGUCAAAUGUCCAAUGUUGAUCAUCGCGGGGGAUCAGGAUAAGUCCGCCCCGUUGGCUGGCUGUGAGAUGAUUUUCAAUGAACUGGGCACGGCUCCGGAAAAGAAGAGGCUGCAGGUGUUGAAGGGAAUUGGGCAUUGGCACUGCGUUGAGGCACCAGAUGAGGUGGGCCGGUUGGUGAGACAGUUCGUCGAGCGAUUGUAG